CGCUCGGUUGGGGUCUUGUGGAAUGAGGGCUCCCCUGACCCUCCUGCGCUUCCCUGCUCCGCAGUCGCGUUCCCGGGGCGGAACAGAUGAAGACGGAUCAGAAUGGGGUCCUCUUGAUGAAUUCUGCCCCGGGAACUUCCUCUGCGCUUCUCCAAAGGCUGCCUGUGUGUAUGCAUAUGUCUCCGCACGGGCUGCUGGUUUGGAGUAUACUGCUUGACAGACAUCAGACAGGGCAAGGGACUCCUCAGGAGUGAGACCCUGGAUGUACUGUAGCCUUAGCAGGCCAGGGUCAUGGGUCGCCUAGAUGACAAUGCCAAGAAGCGAAUUGUAGAACUUCGGAAAGCAGGGCUGAGUUUUCGAAAAAUCAAGAAGGUCCUGGAGCUUGACAAUAUUCGUGUCACACCACAGGCUGUCUAUCUCUUCUUGAAGCGAAAGAAUGUGGAUCCCAGGCCCUUACCUGGCAGCAACCAUCCUCUUCCUCCCAGGGACCAGAACAGCCGGCAGCUGGCGCUCAGUCGGGCUGGCUGGGAGGAUGAGCAACUCUGGGACUUGUUGCAAGAGAAUGAGGUGAAGCCAAAGGAGUCCUUGGAAAGCCAGCCAGCUGGCCUCAGGGGAGAGCCUGGAGCUGGUCAGGGCUGGGACGGCAAAGAGGGCAUUAGGAUUGUCAGCGUGACAUCUCUGUGUCAGGGUGGUGGAGCCCACCCCAAAGAUACUUGUUCCGAUGAAGCUCCCCAGGCACCCGCUAACAGUGAUAUUGGGAUUGGGCUGGGGGCUUCUGGUCCAGUGAGCCAGCCUGCUUCUCCAUAUCCACUGAGUCGGGGUCGGAACUCUGCCCUCCUUGUCAAGAAGAAGAUUGUGGACAGAGCCAUCUUCUUCCACAAGAAAGCCACUGUCCAGAAUGCCCAGAGGGGCACUAGCUCCUCUUCUCUCCCUCUCCUGGUAGGAGUGCAGUCUCCUGGGACCAACGCUGGCCUUCCAGACCUUAAGGACUCCAGCCCACAUGUUCAGGACAUGGGCACUCAGACCCGACUGCCUUGGGUCAGUGCCCAGGGCCUGGCUGAGAAGCUGGAUGCAAUGCAGCGGGCUGUGCAGCAGGUCCUACAGGUGCUCCAAGUGCUGACGGAUCAGCAGAGCCGGCUAGAACAGCAGCAGGAGCAGCAGCAGCGCUGGCAACAGCAGGUGUUGGGGACUCUGCAGCAGCUCAGGGGGCCUGACCAGAGUCAGGGUCCUGGGACCAGGGAAACCCAGGACUUAGGGGGCCCUGGGACUCUUGAAGGACCUAAUUUCCACCAGUUUAAGAUGGAACUUCUUUGACCCUCUGACAUAGGUGUGACAUGCCUGAAGGGGCAGGACCUUCAGCUUUGGGAAAUAAGGGGUCUGUGUCUUGGUACCAUCUCAGCUGAAGACAGCCCUCAUAAGAUGGAAAUUGUGGGCAGGAAACACUGCCCCUCUCCCUCUGACCCUUAUGUCUAUGUGCAACACACAGGCAGUAGCCCUCAUCCUUUGCCUGUGUUAGCGCCUUCUCCCGACAAGCCCUGCCCAGCUUCAGGGCCUGUGGAGGGUGCUGGAGGUGGGGUGGGGGUGGUUUAUUUACAUACAAGCCUGGGAUUUGGGAGCAGGUGACCAAGGGAGGCUUUAUGACUUUUUCCUUUCCUGGGGCUUAGACUCUGAGAGAGUAAGUUUCUUUACCUUCAUAUGCUAUUAUAGGUGAGUGAAGGGCUCAGGUGUUUCUUUAAGAUAGGGGAUGAGUCAUGGAUUUCUGGUGACUACUAAGCAUGUUCCAAGGCUUAGAGCACAGUGUGGGGCCAGGAUUAAGGACAUCGUUGGUGGUGGGGGGGAACAGUAGCUCUAUGAUACUAAGACCAGUGAGGAUCAUUGCAAGGGAAUAGAUGUUCUCAUAAUGGAGAUGCUUUUCCAUCAGGCAUUCACAGUUUUAACGUGAUAUAAAUCUACUCUACCUUGGACCAGUCUGAUGGGUAGGUAGAAUCCUCAUCCUAGACUCUUUUCUGCCUGCUUGCGGAGGUUGUCAUCUUUGGGUGGAAGAAGGGCAGACAGCUGGCUUUUAUGCACAGCAGCCUGGACAGGAAUAGGGUCCUGAAAGACUCAGGAAGUUACUUGGCUGACGUAAUGCAUUUGUUAUCAUUAUAAAAGUAGAAACAAGGAGACAAGAGAAGACAGUAUAGUCUCCCCAGGUUUCCAAGUCUAGAAACCAUAUCUAUGUCAUUAAAUAGUUAAAUGAGCACAA